AUGCACAAUGGCGUCCUCUACGCUUCGGACUGCUAUCAACAGCCGCCAGGUGUACAUUCGAAUGCAACCGGCGCCUCGCACUCUUUCCCAGAGCAGAGCGGUUUUGAAAUCAUUGCAACAUAUUUCAAAAUUCGAACGUCGACAUCUGGGGGCACGGCAUUUGCGAUCUUUGAAUCACCUGAAUCCGCCUCCAAUGCUAUCAGGGCCUCGCCGUUGACAGUUCCUCUGCCUAGCCCGAAACCGAACACCUCCAACUCCUAUAUCCAAGAACACCCAAGCUCCUCCAAUCCUACAGAGAAUGCCACGCUUCACCCGUCUGACACAUCUGGCGAAGUCAUCCAAUGCACGAUUGCAGAAUCAGAGUAUGACCACAAAGCAAACAUGAGAAAAAACCCAUAUAAUAUGGGGUUUCAAAUCUCAAGGCAUUGGAUGGAGGUGCAGGAUUUAAUGCGCGCACCAGACAACCGAGUUCCUUUGGCUGAAUACGCGGAUUGUUUUACGAAACGGAAAUUUUCGAUGCCGUUUCGAGUUCAAGACCGGUACUUUGAAAGCACGGUUAAGGCGGGAGGAACCUCGUUGAUGCAGAUGUGGAAGCAAGGAUUGGAGGAAGAAAAGAGGAAGAAGGAAGAAGAUGCCAAACGCCUCGAUGCUGAACGCCCUCAACAAAAUACUGAUUCUGGCUGA